AUGUCGGGCUUCCAGAUCCCAGGCCUCGGCCAGGCCAAACCCAACGAGACACUACCACCUCUGCCCGCCGAUGUUGUUGCAGCGGCUGCCAGUGUGCAAGAUACCGAGAUUACAGAUGCAGCCCCCCAUGAUACAAGCAAUCAGUCCGCCGAGCCUGUUACCACAGAGCCCAAGCCCUCUGAGGCUCAGCCAGCGCCCGCUGUAGAUGCCGAUGCUAUGGUAGUCGACCAACCCGAAAGCCCUCCCUCUCUCACAGGCGCCCUGGAGGCUGCGCUUGGUGGACUAAAUCCCACCACCGAUGCGCAACCGGCUCCUACCGCGAACGUCGAACCCGCGCCGCUUCAGAACGACCAGGGCGACAACCCAGAGUGGGAGGUUGACUCUUCUCCAUACGAAUCCUCCUCAGAGUCAAGCAGCUCUGAUUCUUCCGAUGAGGACUCCGACAACGAGGGUUACGAACUCCUGGGCGUUGAGGAGACGGCGCGCCUACUUAUGCAAGCCGAGGGAGGAUCCGACGAUGAGGGCGACCGAGGAGCAAAGGGUACCAAUGCCGGUCAAGUCCGAACAAAGAACGAGAUCGUUGAGGAGGUGGUUCCCAAGCCCGACGUUACAAUCACACCCGAGAUGAAGAUCGAAGAGCUGGGAGCUAUCGAGCAUAUUGUAGAGAACAUUAUGCUGAUCAAGGCAUUCACACCUGGAGAGUACCAAGUUCUUGAUUCGGGUUCCGCGCUUUGCACAGCCGAGCGAGUCGUUAUCGGUGCUAUUGCAGAAACGAUAGGCAAGGUUCUGCAGCCCAUGUACACUGUUCGCUUCACAUCGGAGCAAGACAUCAAGGAGCUAGGUCUAGAGCUUGGCCAAACGGUGUUCUAUCCUGUCGACCAUGCCUCAUAUGUCUUUACCGAGCCAUUGAAGAACCUGAAGGGUUCCGACGCCAGUAACCUGCACGAUGAGGAAGUCGGCGACGAGGAGAUGGAGUUCUCAGACGACGAGAAGGAGGCUGAAUACAAGCGAGCAAUUAAGCAGAAGAAGAAGGAUAAGUGGAAGAAGGACCCCGCUAAGGGAGGCAAGGAGCCUCACCCUCUGCGACAAGAAUCGCGACCGGACGGAGGCCUUAACUACGACGACGAUGAAGAUGGUCCGUAUAAGCCUCUGGCGCGACCACCAGGAUACGGCACUGGUCCUUCUACAACCGAGACAUACGAACCUUCAUCCGGCAGGAACUUCCAGCAAAGGGGAGGACGACGUGGCGACUCCAGAGGUCGUGGGGGCCGUGGACGAGGUUCCAGCCGUGGCGGACGGGGAGGCUUCAACCAGCCUAGGGACGGUUACUCAAUGCCUCCUCAAGGGGCUCCUCAACCUGCUCAACAAGCAGCUCCUCCUACCCAGUGGGCCGGUGCCCAGCCUCCUGCUCAAGGCGCAGCACCAGCAAUGCCUAACUUUGGCUUCCAAUUCCCUGCCUGGCCUCAACAGCCCGCACAGGGCAAUGUUGCUGCUGCUGCAGUUCCUCCCCCGCCUCCUGGGUGGCCAAACGCCCAAGGUCAACAGGCUGCAAAUGGCGGAUCAUUUGUCAAUCCUGCUUUCUUUGCUGCGUUGAUGUCUACUAUGCAGUCGCAGCAGGGUGGCCAGCCAGCUUGGGGCCAGCAGCAGCAGCCUCCCAAUAAUGGAAACGGUCAGGGCCAGUAG